CCGCGGAGUUCGCUGCGAGGCCUGCCUUGUCCGGCCGGCUCGGAGCCCUGACCGCCGCCCCCCCUAGCAGGCGGGGGAAGAACCCGGCCGGUUCUUCUGCGAGUUGCUGCCGCCGAUCCUGGCAGGCUCAGGGCAGCUCCUGCCGAGAGGGAAGAUUCCCUUUGCCAAGGACACACGGGGCCUUGCUCUCCCCUCCCCGCCGCCCCCCACUGACGCUCUGGGAUCUCGCCCUGCAGCACAGAUGCCCUGCCCAUUGCUCAUCCUGGGCCUACUGGUGCUCGCUCCAGCCGGUUCAGUGGAUAUCCGGGUCCCCGAUGACCCUGUGAUCGCCAUCUUUGGUCGGGACGCCGUCCUCCACUGCUCUUUCUCGCCUGAUGCCAGCUUCAACCUCACCGAGCUCAGCCUCAUCUGGCAGCUGACGGACACCAAGCGGUUGGUGCACAGCUUUGCCAGCGGGCAGGACCAGCUGGCUGACCAGGGCAGCGGCUAUGUCAACCGCACGGCCCUCUUCUACGAGGAGCUGCCCCGGGGCAAUGUCUCGCUGCUGCUGCGGCGGGUGCAGAUCUCCGAUGAGGGCAGCUUCACCUGCUUUGUCCGGGUCCAUAGCUACAGCAGCGCGGCGGUGACGCUGCAGGUGGCCGCUUUGUAUUCCAAGCCCAACUUGAACCUGGAGCCCAGCAAGAACCUGAAGCCAGGGGACCUGGUGAUGGUGACCUGCCACACCUUCCGCGGCUACCCUGCGGCUACGGUGCUCUGGCAGGAUGGCCAGGGCAACAACAUCACGGAGAACGUCACCACGUCCCAGGUGGCCAACGAGGAAGGGCUCUUUGAUGUGCAGAGCAUCCUCCGUGUGGUGCUGGAGCCCAACAGCACCUACUCCUGCCUGGUGCGGAACUCCGUGCUGCAGCAGGAGACCCACGCCUCCGUUACCAUCACUGGCCAGCACCUCAGCUUCCCUGCUGUGGCUCUCUGGGUGACUGUGGGACUCGCUAUCUGCAUCUUGGGGCUGCUGGGCGCCCUGGCUUACGUGUGCCGGAAGAAAAUUCGCCAGAGCUGCAAGGAAGAGGAAGAGAAUGCAGGGAUGGAGGAGCAGAGUGAGGAUGGUGGAGAACCCAAGACAGGUUGGUGA